AUGGCAAUUUACAGCAGCAGCGACAACAACAACAACAGCAGUAUUGCAAAGGGAAUGAAAGUAGCCAUCGGGUCGAUCACACUCUCCAUCCUUGCCUCGUGGUUCGUCUUCGCCGCCCGACGUCGCUUCAGUCCCAGCGAAGCGAUCGCCGUUCUUUUGCUCCUGCAGGGGCUGUCGUUCCCAGCCAAAACAAUGUUGCUAGCUCCAGAGAAUAUAGUGAGCGAUGCAUUCGGGACUCUCUUAUUCCUAGUCGGCGAGCAGGCAACCUGGGUCGCGCUUAUAUGGAUGUUUGCCGAUCUCGUCGACACGCUCCACCCCCUACAGACAGAGAAUGUGUUCUGUUUCUUCUUCGCCAAGGUAUCCAUUGAUGGCUGGUUUCGGUACCUUAUGCUGGUAUUCUGUGUCGUCAGUGCGAUGAGCUCGCUGUUUAUUGCGUAUAAGAUUUUACGUAUCUUGAAAAUCGCCUGGCAUUGCCACAGGCAGGGCCGAACGGAAGUCAAUGAACGUGAAAACGAGAUGAUUAACCAUAUCACUGGUAAUGGGAUAUGGGAUUUGCAACCGGGUCUCAGGGUUCUCCGCUGGAUAGCGCUGGUCGUUUUUGUUGCUUCCGUCGAGCUGACUCUGCGAUGGAACCACCUGUCGCCAUCGAGGGACCUCUGGUCUCCAGGACAGCUGAUCCCAUUAGUCACGGGAAUCAUUGCCUUUGUUGACAGCUGCCUCGUUGCAGGGCAGCAGGUAGCUUCCAGUGGCAUCGCUAAGAAGACUGUCGCUCUUAUUCUUCAGCCCUUGAUCCAGGCCGUUCGGGUAGGGAAGGCGUGA